AGCAGCAUGCAUACUGUAUGUGUAGAAAUGUAAUGCUACUAUCACGACCUUCCUGAUUAGUUGUUGAGUUGGAAAGAUGUGCUGCUUAUUGUUGGCAUAUAGCUGCAUGACUAGGUGUUGGAUGCAGGUUGUGUUUUAGGGACAUGUUACAAGUUGAAAAAUAUGUAGGUCUUUAUCUGCUCUCUUAUGCAUUGAGUAUAGGAACAGUUUUUUCACAAAUUAAGUCAAGAUCUACCAGUAUCUGUACAUAUGAUCACAUUACACUUCCUUGACACUUAAAUCCAUGGUUAUUUACACUUUAUUGCAGGGUAUUGGUUACAGGAGCAUUGAGGGGUUGGGUGCCUUUCUCUUGUACACUUCAGCUAUGGCUGGUAUUGGAUUUGAAUCCUCAACCCUCUGAUUCCAAGACAAAGUCCAUAGCCAUUAGGCUACAGGUUCCCACAUAAAUUGUGAACAUCAUGUCAUAUAGCCUACUAUUAUGGUCAUGCUGGUCAAAGCUUAAUGGUAUGGAGGAAGGCACCUCCUGUGGAUGCAUUAUGAAUGUGUAUUCCCUAUGUUUGUCUAGUAAUUGAUACAAUAAAGAUGUUUGUGUCACAAGUCUUAUUUUCUCUCGCUGACCCAUGGGCACCGGAGGAGGUGCGACAGAUAGCAAUGCCCAGCAGGUAUUAACAGCUACCUGUACAAUCUAGGCAGCAAUGCCCAGCAGGUAUUGACAGCUACCUGUACAAUCCUGAUCCCUAUGGGCAGUCAUGGGUACGCGGUUAGGGUCUCAGACUUGUAGCCCAAAGGUUUCGACUCCCGACCCGCCAGGUUAGUGGGAGGAGUAAUUAACCAGUGCUCUCCCUCAUCCUCCUCCAUGACUGAGGUACCCUGAGCAUGGUACCGUCCCGCCCCACUGCUCCCUUUCUGAGAGCCAAUGGGGGCUGCCCCCUUGCACAGGGCCAAAACCUUGUUUGAGGAGAUCCGGGCAUCCCUCAGCAACAAUAAUGAAGAGGACCGCUCCUUCUGGCGGCCUGUCCUGCCCUGGGGAGGCAUGUAUUCCAUCCGGGCAGGCCGCAAGGCCAUCUCCUGCAUCCCUCUGUACGUCAAGGUGAGUCUGAAGAACACCUGCACCAUCGAUGGCUUCCUCAUGCUCCUGUACGUGAUCCUGCGGGACAACCAGACUUUCCCACGGGAGGUGGCUGUGUUUCUGGGGCGGGAGUUUGUGGACCACUUCCUGCAUCUCAUGGACUCGUACGACUACACCACUGUCAAGAUGCUGUGGAUCCUGGACCGCAUGUCCAAGCAGCAGUAUCGCUCGGUCAUCCACCAGACCGCCUUGGAGAUCGACCUGUUUGGGAACGAGCACGAAAACUUCACCAAGAACCUUGAGGACCUCAUGUCUACCAUUCAAGAGAGCCUGUGCAACAAUUGGAGUUGUCCGUCGCGCUUCCAAGAAUUCCUCGAGAAGAGCAUUACCAUCAGCCCCCCACAUCAGCUGCCUCAGAGGGACCCUAUCCAGUCAGCUGUAGAUGAGUUUUUCUGCCCCAGGAUUGUGCUGUGUCAAGAGUUUGGCUGCAGUGGUCUUCGGGAAGUGUCCCAGCGGGUCUUCUGCCAUGGACCCCCACCCUUUGUUAUUCUCAACAUGGAGAUGUGGAAGUCAGAGGAGUUGUCCUAUGUGCCCUACCGCUUGGCACUAUCUCAGCACAGAUACUCUCUAGAGGGCGCCACACUCUUCAACAGGGAUGAGCACCACUACUCUGCAGCCUUCCAGAUCGACGGCUCUUGGAUGCACUACGACGGCCUCCGCAGUGAUAACCUAAUCCUGCUCAACAAGCCACCAGAGCUCCUGCUCCUCUCUUCUCUUGUCUAUGUCCGUUGUUCAGACAAGUGACCUGCCGUGGCCAGUGGCAAUGGAGUUAGGCUUUUGGAGGAUGCCUUUGAGCAGUGGUUCCCAGAAUUUCUCCCCCUGCAAACCCCCUUGUACAUUUCAAUGUGGUUCGCGCAACCUCUUAAACGUAUACCUGUAUUUUAGUGUGCUGAUGGCCACGCAAGUAUGGAUUCCCUGCGCAUUCACUGCACAGUAUGCACAGUCGUUUUGCGGAAUCCUCUUUUCCAAUAGUCAAGGAGUUAAACUACACUUCAGAUGGACCCCCCUGCACGCACCCCAGUCUGGCAAUGGAGUUGGGCUUUUUGGGGGAUGCCUUAGAGGAACAAAAUAGCAAUAUUACCGGCUGCUGCUGCCACACCUACAACAAUGUGCACAGAUGAUGCAGGUCAGGGUUGGAGCGGCUUUUGCCGUCGCAGAACAGAAUGAUGUGAAAGAUGCCUUCUCUCCUCCUCUCUGUUUCUUCUGCAGCUAUUCUUGCAUUGAGCAUUGACUACAAGACAAUUACUGCAUUUCUACAUGUUUCUAUGCCCCCUGUCUGUCUUUUUUUAACAAUAUAUGCAUCCUUUGUUUUGUAGGCGAUCUCUGCCCAGAUUUGCGUAUACUUGCUAUUUAUGGCAUUUUUGAUAAUUCCUUCCUUGAUAUUUCACCAAUUGCGUUUGGAUUCUGUCCAUGAUGUGUCUUUAAAAAUAAGCCAAGGUGAAUCAAGCCAAAGCCAUUUUUUUAUAUUUGAUCUGCAUGCUUGGAAUCCAAGAAAUGUUGUUUUAUGGACUAUAAUAGUUCUGGGGUAUCAAGUACAGGCUGAAGAGUAAGCGCAGGGUUAACCUGGUUAACUUUGGGGGUUCAUUUUGGCCUCAUCUACACUACCGUGCAUGGAUGGGUCCCUUUUUUAAAAAUAAAUAAAAACUAAAAUAAAAAUAAGUUGUGCUAUUGAUUCAGUGACUAUUCAAGAUUAUCUAGGCCAGGGAUGUCAAACUCGGGCCCUGUGACCCAACUUUGGCCCGUGGAGCAGUUCUAUUUGGCGUUCAAAAUCAUUUCAAUUGUGUAUUACAGUUGGCCCACAACAUAUACCAUUAAUAUAUAGAACAUAUGACUUUAAGUCAAAAUGUGUGCAUCACAAGAUUUAUGAAUGGGUAAAGUACUAGUGUAACAGCACAAAUCUGCACAAAGCAGUAUAUGACAGUACAAGUAGGGCUUAUAUACGAUGGAUAUGUGAUAUCUGCCUAGCUUUAACUCCUUAGCGCAGAGCCCAUGUUAUAACCUUACUGUCACCAAAAUAGUAAUGGUUAUGUCUUAAUGUUAAGGCUCUCAGUAAUGUCAUAGCAAUGUUGUUACAAUGUAGUUGAGUAUUUUCAGCAAAUAUUAAACAGGCAUCUGCCCCAUCAGGCAAUACCCCAUCUGCAUCCUCAUCAGGGUACGUAUUAAGCGUGUGUAGCCUACUGUACGCACGAUGUACUUUAUGUGCAUUUAAAAAAUAUAUAUUUUGAAUUCGGGCCGUGACUUCACGCCAGAUUUUGAUUUCGGCCUGCUGUGAAUUUGAGUUUGACACCUCUGGUCUAGGUCCUCUUUUGCCACAUGUACUGCAAUUGGCUUAUCAGGAUUAUGACCUGGUUCCUACUGUGCAACAACCUAUGCACCCCUUUGUUUUUUUAAAGACAUUUUUUAAGCAUUAAAAUUAUUUUUGCGUACACUACA